AAUGGUUGUGGUACCCGAUAUAGUUAGGUCUAUUCCACAUUGGAAAAUUCUCGAAAUGCGGCAACAGACACAGUUCUUGUGGAGCACUUAUUUCUCAUCUGUCGACAAGAUCGUCAUGACGACGCUAGAGAUAAUAAAGGAACGUAUUGACACGCAAGCGGCAACACGUUCCAAGUGGGUUUGGAAUGUCGCUCCGGGAGCUUUGGCCACACUUCCCGAUUUUUCAGAAUCUCUAAAGGACUAUCCUUUUUUUAGGCGACGUUUACGCCUCCAUUCGACCAAAAAUUUUACAGCAGUCAUAUACGUUUCAUCGGAGCAAUCAAGUGUUUCGCCAUUAAUCAGACUUAUAAAACGCUUAUCAAAGUCAACGCAUUUAACCAAAAUUUUAUUACUAUGGAACAAGAGUACGGCUCCAUUUCGAUUACGUAGGAACUUUGCAAACGUAAAAGCUAAUAUAAUUCUCAAAGUAAUCAACCACGUUAACGAACGCUUCUACCCACACGAAGAAAUCGACACGGACGCUGUGUUGAGUUUAGACGAAGAUGCCUUAUUGAUAACGGACGAGAUCGAUUUUGCAUUCUCCGUCUGGCAAGAGUUUCCCGAUCGGAUCGUUGGCUAUCCGGCUCGAAGUCAUUAUUGGCAUGAGGCCAGGGAACAGUGGAUGUACUCAUCGGCUCAAAAACAUCACUUCUCAAUGGUGCUAACCUACGCUUCAUUUUAUCAUAAAUAUUAUAAUUAUCUUUAUACUCAUUCGCUCCAUACACCGCUGUUCAACAUUGUCUCUACUGCUCCACAUUGUACACAUAUACUCAUGAACUUUCUCGUUAGUCACGUAACAAAACGUCCGCCAAUUAAGGUCUUACAACGUAAGAUUUCUACGGCUAACGAACGUAUGCAACCAUCCGAAUCAUGGAUGAUGGAACGCUCAGCCGAUUUCGUCGACAGUCAGAGUUGUAUGUUAAAUAUAACCAAAAUAUUUGGUUAUAUGCCGCUCAAAAAUUCUCAAGUUCGUAUUGAUCCUCUCCUUUAUAAGGACCACGUAUCGAAACACCGAAAGAAAUAUAAAACUGUCGAAAAUAUUACGUGGAAUUGA